AGUUUGGAGAAAGGGCGUAGACCAAAGGUGAGGCCGUUAUCGUCCCGCGAUGUAUAUACAGUAGAAGAGAACACAGAGAGAAGCAGUUAAUUACUUAGAAAUGGCGCUGCUGCUCUCCUCCUCCUCCUCCUCCUCUUCAGUUGUUGGGUUUCAUCCUGCAUCUGCAGAAACUCCUUCAACAUCAUUGCCUGCGCUUAGCCACCAACUACCAAGACCUCCGUCUUCCCACGUAACACAUAGGCUUUCCAGAAUGCCCGUUUCACAGGGUUUAUGCUGUGGUGAACUAGUAAUUGGCCAGGGAGAAAGUGCCCCUCUAGAUUAUAAAUCACUUCCAGUAGUUCACCGAAGGACAGCUGUGAUGUCCUCUAUCGGGUUGUUAGUGUCGGUGCUGAUGAAUAAUUCAGAUGAUCAUGGUGCUGCUGACGCAUCUGAAUUUGCUGACAUGCCAGCGCUUAAGGGGAAGGACUAUGGCAAGACCAAGAUGCGAUAUCCUGACUAUAUUGAAACCAAUUCAGGGCUCCAGUACAAGGAUUUGCGAGUAGGAAAUGGACCUAUGCCAAAAAAAGGGGAUAUGGUAGUGGUUGACUGGGAUGGUUAUACCAUAGGGUAUUAUGGCCGUAUAUUUGAAGCGCGUAACAAGACUAAGGGUGGUUCCUUCGAGGGAGAUGACAAAGCCUUUUACAGGUUCAAAUUAGGUUCACGUGAGGUGAUUCCAGCUUUUGAGGAAGCUGUUUCGGGCAUGUCUUUGGGUGGCAUAAGAAGGAUCAUAGUGCCUCCAGAACUGGGAUAUCCUGAGAAUGACUAUAACAAGAGUGGUCCAAGACCAACAACAUUUUCGGGCCAACGAGCUUUGGAUUUUGUGCUGAGGAACCAAGGAUUGAUUGACAAAACUCUCCUGUUUGAUAUUGAGCUUAUAAAAGUUGGGACUAGCUGAAUUAUCCCUCCAUUUUAGUGCUGACAGCUGAUGCUGUAGCCUGCAGUGGAGUCAUCACUUGUACCCUGCACCCUGUAAUGUAUUUUAUCCAUAUAUUGUCUCAGUAUGCUAAUGUUAAUUCAGUUUGGCAAUAAAAUCUCAUUUGAAACAA